GUACAGCAUCACCUGUUCACACGCGAAAUCGGUUAUCGAUCAAUUAACGCGUAAUAGGCUUUGAUGCUGCUUCGGUAGCCUAGAUAGAGGACCGGUCCGGAUUUACUUACCCCUGUGCUGACUCCUUUGACUCGAGAAUCCGUGCAGCGUUUCUCCAUUUUCACUACAAAAUCGAAAGGAAGAAGAAGAGGUGACGCUCAGAACAGCGACCUCAGGCGCACCGAGACAGAAGCCGGAGUCAGAUCCAGUAUGGCGCUAUCAAAUGUCCUCGAAACUCCUGCAGCUGGGUUUAAUUUCGACAACGCAGCGAGGAAUGCUGCGUUAGAGGGUCUUUUUAAAGGAGGACAGGCACCUAAACCUCUGAAAACAGGCACCACGAUAGCAGGAGUUGUGUUCAAGGAUGGGGUGGUGCUGGGAGCUGACACGAGAGCUACGUCCAGUGAAGUGGUGGCCGACAAGAUGUGCGCCAAGAUCCAUUACAUUUCUCCAAAUAUAUAUUGUUGUGGAGCCGGUACAGCAGCAGAUACAGAGAAGACCACAGAGCUUCUGUCCUCCAACCUCACCAUCUUCUCUCUGAACAGCGGGAGGAACCCUCGUGUUGUCAUGGCUGUCAACAUACUACAGGACAUGCUGUACAGGUAUCACGGCCAAAUUGGUGCCAAUCUUAUACUGGGAGGAGUAGACUGCACUGGGAACCACCUGUACACCGUGGGGCCAUAUGGGAGUGUAAAUAAGGUGCCUUACCUUGCAAUGGGCUCUGGUGAUCUGGCUGCUCUUGGGAUCCUAGAGGACGGAUUUAAACCCGACCUGGAGCUGGACAAGGCGAAGGAGCUGGUGCGCGCUGCCAUCCACUCAGGAAUCAUGAGUGACCUCGGCUCAGGCAACAACAUCGACAUCUGUGUCAUCACUAGACAAGGAGUGGACUACAUCAGACCCUACCAGGAGUCAGAGUACAAAGACAGCAGGAAAAUUAAAUACAAAUAUCGUCCAGGCACAACACCGGUUCUGACAGAGAAAGUUGUCCCCUUGAAGCUGGAGGUUGUACAAGAGACCGUGCAGCAGAUGGAUACAGCCUGAGCUACAACGCACAAUCACAACAAUGUUUAGCAGUAAAAGGAAAAGUCUUUUAUUUCAUUAGAUUGUUAUUCACCAGAUUUAUAAGUAGUGAAAAACCUCAAACAUUUUAUUAACACUGUCAUCAUGGUUUCUACUCUGCUGCUAUGCUUCACUGUGAUGUGGAAUAGUUCAGAAACUCUGUAAUACUGCAAGGAUACUGCAGUACCACAGUAAGCAGGAAGACUACUAUUAGGCCAUAAUGAGAAUAUUUUUAAAAACAUAUUUUUACAAUAUGGAAUAAUAAUUAAAAAUAAUUUAAUAAAAUUGUAUUUGACCCUAUUUGUUUUUUCUAAGUUUUGUAAUUGUUUGACUCAAUCACUGUUAUAUUUUAAUCCCAUCCAUCCCAACAUCCGCUGUACUUACAGUAUAAUAACAGACCCAAUAAAAAGAAAGGCUUGCUUGCUGCUUAUUUCAGAUGACAUAAACUGAAAUAACAUGUAACAAUAACUCCAUAAUAAACACGACAUUUACCUAA